AUCCCAACCAUAGAAAUUAGCGGUCAUGAGAGCUCCUCUUCUCCACCUCUAAAAACCGAAACCAAACCAUUUUGCUAAUUUCCCUCCCAUGGCCUCCACAACACCUCCUCAGGCUUCAUGCUUUCUCGUUAUACGCAGAACCCAAAACAGCUUCCAUCUACUAAAAUACGCUCCAAAAAUAGAAAGAGCGAGAACAACGAGUACGAGAAACCAAAAUGAAUUGCGCGUGUUCGCAUCACAAGGCCCACGCAAACGGCAAAGACCGCCGCCGGGAGAGAUUAAUCCAAGACUCCAUUCGGGUACAGGAGAUGAAGGUUGGAUUGGAGGAAGCACCAGUUCCGGCCAGCAAAGAAAAGAAAGACUUGACGAACAAGACAAGGAUCUCUUGGGUGAUAAGUUUGCUGAUUUGCUAAACGAAUCCUCCGAUUCUCAUUACCAGUUUUUAGGAGUAUCAGUAGAUGCAGACAUGGAGGAAAUCAAAGCCGCUUACAGGCGAUUAUCAAAGGAAUACCAUCCAGACACAACUUCUCUCCCUCUAAAAGCUGCUUCAGACAAAUUCAUGAAGCUGAGAGAAGUUUACGACGUGUUGAGCAAGGAAGAAAGCCGCAGGUUUUACGACUGGACGCUUGCACAGGAGGCAGCAAGCCGGCAGGCAGAGAAAAUGAGGAUGAAGCUGGAGGAUCCAUACGAGCAAGAAAUAAGGAACUACAAACCAGUGCCGGACCCUGUCGAUCGUUUUGGAGGAACAAACAUGGAGCUAAGUGAUCAAACAAUGACAGCCAUCAGCUUUGAUGUUUUUGUCAUCAUUUUUACCAUUUGUUGUUUCGUUUAUGUGCUUGUCUUCAAAGCACCAGACUACUACUAAUAUAUUACUACUGAAAAUUGAAAUACAAUAUGUAGCUGAUCAUUCAAAUUGUGUAUGUACUUGAACUUUUUUAACAAAAUUUAAGGCCUCGUUACAUAAA